GUUAAGGUGUGCCUUUCAAAAAAAUUGAUGCGUGCUUUUUCUGGUGUUUUUUUAAUAUGUGGACAGCUGACUCGUUAGUGUUCAUACUCGUUUGGUCUCGUGCUAUCACCACGUGAUAUGGCGGAGAUUGAUGAAUUUUUCCACGGCAGAAAGGCUAAAGCUGCCCCAAAACAGAAGUCCCUAGUCUAAGCAUAAGUACUUUACCUGGUGACCUCACCUCCGAUCUUCCCUUUUCCAUCUGCCCUGUUUGCAUUGCUUUUCGUCUCGAUGACAGUUCGCCAUGAUGAUGACCAUUCAUAAAUCAGUGGUAUUCAAUGUAUCCGUACGCGAUCCCGUGUCUUUAAAAACGUUCAUCAAGUUGCGCGUUUACAACGCCCUGCUAGGCCGCUGCGCUCAGCCUCAUCUUGUGCAAUGAAAAGUACAACUGCGUUAUACUCGGUUGCUUGGAUAAAUACUUGUAGUCCCUGUUCUACUCAGCACUAUGUAUAUUCCUGUGGACCAAUAGCCUAGCCCAUUUAAGUGAGGCGGUUGUGGAUAUCCCUGCCUACCGAAUGGGGCUGAAUCAUUGAUUGUGAGGCUGAGGAGAAGCUGAAUUUGUUAGCGACUGUACUCUAAUUAACAUAAUUAUCUAUAUGAUAAUAGCUAGUUAACAAUCACAAAUAUUGUCUAGCUGCUUGAAUCAGCUUCGAGUCAACUCCUUAGAAAUACAGGAAGGCAUAUCUGAAACCGCCUUUUUUAUCGUAUUUACACUUUGCAGAAUAAGGAGAUAUGGAAUUGAGCCAAUUAGUUGGGGUAGGAGAAAACGAAGAGAUAGCGAAGCUACUUCUCGAUCGUGGAGCAGAUGUGAAUGCUCUUCAAGCAGCUGCAUGGAAAGGAAAUCAAGAGGUUAUCAAGCUACUUCUCGAUCGUGGAGCAGAUGUGAAUGCUCAAGGUGGAGAAUAUGGCAACGCUCUUCAAGCAGCUGUAUUGAAACGAAACCAAGAGAUAGUGAAGCUACUUCUCGAUCGUGGAGCAGAUGUGAAUGCUCAAGGUGGAGAAUAUGGCAAUGCUCUUCAGGCAGCUGUAUGGAAAGGAAAUCAAGAGGUAAUCAAGCUACUUCUCGAUCGUGGAGCAGAUGUGAAUGCUCAAGGUGGAGAAUAUGACAAUGCUCUUCAAGCAGCUGUAUUGAAACGAAAUCAAGAGAUGGUGAAGCUACUUCUUGAUCGUGGAGCAGAUGUGAAUGCUCAAGGUGGAGAAUAUGGCAACGCUCUUCAAGCAGCUGUAUUGAAACGAAACCAAGAGAUAGUGAAGCUACUUCUCGAUCGUGGAGCAGAUGUGAAUGCUCAAGGUGGAGAAUUUGGUAAUGCUCUUCAGGCAACUGCAUGGAAUGGAAAGCAAGAGAUAGUGAAGCUACUUCUCGAUCGUGGAGCAGAUGUGAAUGCUCAAGGUGGAGAAUAUGGUAAUGCUCUUCAGGCAGCUGCAUUGGAUGGAAAGCAAGAGAUGGUGAAGCUACUUCUUGAUCGUGGAGCAGAUGUGAAUGCUCAAGGUGGAGAAUAUGGCAAUGCUCUUCAGGCAGCUGCAUGGGUUGGAAAUCAAGAGAUGGUGAAGCUACUUCUCGAUCGUGGAGCAGAUGUGAAUGCUCAAGGUGGAGAAUAUGACAAUGCUCUUCAAGCAGCUGCAUCGAAUGGAAAUCAAGAGAUGGUGAAGCUACUUCUUGAUCGUGGAGCAGAUGUGAAUGCUCAAGGUGGAGAAUUUGGUAAUGCUCUUCAGGCAGCUGCAUGGGUUGGAAAUCAAGAGAUGGUGAAGCUACUUCUUGAUCGUGGAGCAAAUGUUAAUGCUCAAGGUGGAUAUUAUGGAAAUGCUCUUCAAGCAGCUGCAUCGAAUGGAAAUCAAGAGACAAUGAAGCUACUUCUCGAUCAUGGGGCAGAUGUGAAUGCUCAAGGUGGAAGAUUUGGUAAUGCUCUUCAAGCAACUGCAUGGGAUGGAAAUCAAGAGAUGGUGAAGCUACUUUUCGAUUGUGGAGUAGAUGUGAAUGCUCAAGGUGGAGAAUAUAGUAAUGCUCUUCAAGCAGUUGUAUGGAAUGGAAAGCAAGAGACGGUGAAGCUACUUCUCGAUCGUGGAGCAGAUGUGAAUGCUCAAGGUGGAAAACAUGGCAAUGCUCUUCAAGUAGCUGCAUGGAAAGGAAACCAAGAGACGGUGAAGCUACUUCUUGAUCGUGGAGCAAAUGUGAAUGCUCAAGGUGGAUAUUAUGGCAACGCUCUUCAAGUAGCUGUAUGGUAUGGAAAUCAAGAGACGGUGAAGCUACUUCUUGAUCGUGGAGCAGAUGUGAAUGCUCAAGGUGGAUAUUAUGGCAAUGCUCUUCAAGCAGCUGCAUCGAAUGGAAAGCAAGAGACGGUGAAGCUACUUCUCGAUCGUGGAGCAGAUGUGAAUGCUCAAGGUGGAGAAUAUGGUAAUGCUCUUCAAGCAGCUGCAUUGAAACGAAACCAAGAGAUAGUGAAGCUACUUCUCGAUCGUGGAGCAGAUGUGAAUGCUCAAGGUGGAAAAUAUGGUAAUGCUCUUCAGGCAGCUGCAUUGGAUGGAAAGCAAGAGAUGGUGAAGCUACUUCUCGAUCGUGGAGCAGAUGUGAAUGCUCAAGGUGGAGAAUAUGGCAAUGCUCUUCAAGCAGCUGCAUGGGUUGGAAACCAAGAGGUAAUCAAGCUACUUCUUGAUCGUGGGUCAGAUAUCACUAUACAGCCGCGAAGUACCAACCGAUUAUCUAUGCUUCAUGUCUGUGUGGCUUCUGGUAGCACGAUGGCCCUAAAAGUAUUACUUGAUGCUGGUGGAGCAAUCCAUCUGGAUACACAGGACGAGUCUGGACAGACACCUCUUCACGUAGCAGUUGAGAAGCGUGAUAUUCUGGCUGCUAAGUAUCUUUUGGAAAGGGGAGGAUCAACUGAUAUACCAGAUUUUAGCGAUACAACUCCAUUUCAGCUAGCUAUACAGUCCGGGUUCUCUCAAAUGGCUCUUUUGACAUUCUCUAAAACCAAAUAUGAUCCCUCUUCGCUUUCUGCGACAGACUGGCGACGCUGUUUAGCCCCGGGUCUCGCAUGUCAUAUCGAGAUGACCAGUUGUGAACCACCCGAAGUCUUAGUCUGGAAUGAUGCAUCGAAAUUGAAAAUGGAACUCGACGAUUUGUCGUACCCCCUUUCUUCGUAUAGCGACAAGCUACCUGCUAGAGAGACUGAUUUCAUGAGCAGAAAGAAUUAUGCAAAACGAAUAUUCAUCCUUGCAGAUGACUCUUCGCUGCACGACGGUCCGGAAUUUGACCUACGUUGCCGUUGGUGGCGCAAGGUGCCUCAAGAACCCAAAUUUGAGAAUACACCUCAAAACCUCCGGCCUCUGUCCAAGAGUUGGAAUUGGACAAUCCAAAUGAGUUCACCCCCUACCAUGGACACUGUCCGCCGAACCCCAGCGAGCACCUGCUUCCUAGAAUGUGGCUUAUUUGUCACUUGUAUUUUCCUUCCAGCAAUAGAAGAGUGGCCAGAGACCGUCGAUCAUCUGGAAAGAUUUGCAGGGGAUCACAAACAGAGGCACGGAAUACUGUGGAUCAUGGUCAAACCAGAGGCGCACGAAGCCAAAUCAAAUUCCACAACAUUGUUCCUGUGUUCAAAAUUCUCCUUUAGUACUUCAGAAUUUGCAGGCGUACCUGUCACAGCGAUAGAUCUUUUCAUACCUUUAAUUCAGCGCGUUCGAAGUAUCUGGGAUCAUAAUUUCGACGUUUUCGAGACGCGGCUAUUAUCCACACGCAGUAUGGUUCUGAAAUCGGGCGGCAAUGAUCAGAAUUUAGUACAAGAACUUCUGAAAGAUGCUCAACUCUUAGAGCUGCUUAUAGCGAAUCUCAAGAAGCAAGUCAAUAAGUUCAGAAUAUUCAAACAACAGUAUACAAGCGAUGCUUGGAGAGUGCUGCAUGAACACACUCCUGGCCAGCUAAAGGAAGAGAUGGAUAAAGUGGAUAGUGAAAUUCAAAAACUAAGAGAGGGGUGCGAAAGGCGUCUGACUGACUUCAUGAAUUCGUCUCAGAAUAUCAUUCAAUUGGAAUUUAACUUGACCUCCAUUGCAGAAGCCCAAAAGUCAACAAGGACAAACAGAAGCAUGAAGCGUCUCAGUUGGAUAACGUUUAUAUUUCUUCCUUUGCUCUUUAUUGCAAGUCUUUUCGGUAUGAAUGUCGACAUUUUGGAAAACAACCCCGCAUGGUGGUGGUAUAUUCCUCUUGCUGCUCUAUUAAUGUUCAUAACCUUUACCGUAUGGAUCAUAUUCAAACGAAGCGAAGGUUUGGAGGACAAUCUCGAACAACGCUUCGACAGGCUAUUUCGAUUCGGCCGGCCGUUUCGACAGAACAAGGAAGAUGUAGAAAGAGGCUUGGAUCAGAGUGAGCAAAUAAAGCGGAAACGAACAGCAGCAUAUUCCACUUCUGGAAAGAAAAGAUCCUAGCCUGCAACUUAUGAGAUGAGGCGUCGUUAUUUACCAGUUGUUUUAAAGUAUAGGCACCGAAGUAAGGAUAAGAAAGCACUCGAUGGGUUCAAUUCCAUAGUAUAUGUGAGAUAGAGAGCGCUUCGGCAGAGCUAUCACAGUCAUUUAGAGAAGGUUUACGUUGUGAGGAUUGUAUAGAAACACUUAGGGUGUUAUGACGGAACCAGGGACCUUAAAAUCUAAAACUAAAGAACUACAGCUCUCUAGAACGCUCUUUAUAUACACAAUCUCAUACGCUAACAGAGUGGCUUCGAACGCGUUCCUCUUAGAUCUUACUACCCCCAUUUUUCCAUAGUAAAUCUUCUAAAUCCGAUCGUGUGUGA